AUGUCGUGCAAGUACAGCUCACCGAAAGAGAAGUCAUUCCUCAAUUUAGCACUUACCACGUCAACUCAAAUGGCAAAGGGAAAGUUUGUGAGUCCAUUCCGACGGAUGGCGCUGACACCUGCCGACAUGAACGAGCUCGAAGUCGUCGCGAAGACUAUCGUCGAAGCCAACAUGGACCGGUAUCUGCAAUAUUGGGAUGUCAACAAACGCAAGGUGAACCCGAACUCGUGGAAGCUUGUCAAAUCUAAGAACCGGAUGCACGUAUAUUCCGAACGCCAAUGGAAGCGACAGUCUCCAGCUGAAAAACCUUCGGCCGAAAUCGAUCUUCAAUCAAUUCUUUGCGUGGGCACUACUCCGGGUACACUAGACGACGUGAUGCUUGGAGUCAUGAGCCCAACACUGGAAGUUACACGAACCAAAGCCUCGUACUUGGACGAUCUCAGUGGAGCUGCCGUCCUGUCGACGGUCAAGGAGCCAACAUCGGAGGACCCGUUCAAGUCUGUAGCAGUAAAGUGGAUGGAGUUGGAUGUUCGUCGUCGCUCAAUGGGGUUUGUCAAAAAUCGAGACUACGUUUACGUCGAAGCUACGGGGAUAAAUUACUUACCGAGCGGUGAGCGACUGGGUUACCAUGUCAUGCACUCCGUUGACAUCCCCCAAGCUCAUGACUUGGCAGAACGUGUCCGUGCUAAAUUAUCGGUAUGCUCGUUCUUCCGUCAACGCAGUGAUGACAGCGUUUCAGUCUACGUUAUGUCAAUGAUGGAUCCUAUGAGCGACAAGGUCCGCCGUCUUGUGGUUCCUUGCUUCAUCAAGACGCUGCUCUCGACACUUAAGUAUGCCUAUUGUGGAGAGAUGAAGAAGUUGUCACAGGCUCUCAACGACCGAUAUGCAGAGUUAAAACACGUUGGACCUCCGAAUCCGGAUCACAACUGUAUCACGUGCAUGAAACCAAUGCGCGUGUGGCGUUUUGGAAAGCUCGCUACCAGCCCCACCACUUGCAAGCUCUGCUUCGGAUACGUCUGCAACUCGUGCAAGAUCGAGAAGAAGCUGAGCUUCAUGAAUGCAGACCUAAAGAUGACUCAACGGAAAGUCUCUUUUUGCUCGUCUUGUGUGAGCGACGCGAUGGGAGUCAGUCCGUCUGAGAUUCCGAAGGCGAGCGAUUGCUGGCCUCAUGCUGCUGGCUUGUCACGGCUCUGCAAUCAGUCGGGUAUGUGGAGCACAGUCUUGGAUAACGAAUCGUCUGCAGUUUCACACGAUUUCGCGAAUACGAGAUGA